CCAGCGAACGCAGAAGAACUUAAAAGAAAAUUUGUAGCUGAAGUCUAACUUUCAUACCGGACCAACUUUUCCUGUAUUUGAUGUCAGUAUCUUAGAUUAUAAGAACUACAUGAGAGAGAAACCCCCUGCCAGGUUUCCACCCUACAGGUCAAUCCUGCCUCUCUGCAGCAUCCCAGUGCUGAAGUGAGAGAGUAUGCCUGUGCCAGUAUUUCCAAGCUGUUGCAGCAGAAGCACGUCAUCCCAGCCUUCCUGCAGAGGGACAUUGUGCGGUGUUUGGGGCCACUGCUGAUGGAUCACAGCUUAGCUGUUCGGGAAACAGCUGCAGGUGCUCUCCGAAAUCUAAGUGCUUGUGGAGGAUUUGAAGUCUGUGAUGACAUGGUGACAAGUGACAUUAUGACACCCCUUGUUGCACUUCUGAAAGAGUGUAGCACUGAGCUAGAUGCCAACCAGCUCUCUCCAAAGAAAUGCAGAGAGACAAACAAAAAUUAUAUUGAAGACAUAGCCGAUGAAGCUAUUAAUUUGCUGUGGAAUAUAUGUGAAUGCAACGAUACUGCUGUGUACAUAUUCAAUAAAGAAGGGUGUCUGAAGGCUGUGUUGCAUUACAUGAAGAAAUUUUCCACAAAUGUGGAUCUGGCUAUUUCAGUAGCAAACUGCUUGCAGGCAGUGACAGAAGAUAAUCCAGACCUCCUUCUUUCAUUUAAUCCUUCUGCACUACGAGUAUUGGAAACAGUGAUGUUGUGUCCAGAGAGCACAAUGAAGCAUGUCCUUCUGAGAACACUGAUAGCAGGCACUAUUUGGAAUAUCAAGGAUACCAUUCCACCAGGCAGCCAGGGAAGCAUGGUUAAUGCAAUCCUGAAGGUUUUCUCAGAGUCAUUAGCAAUAGACGCUGGUGAAACAAUUAUUCGUAUGAAUGAAGCUGAAAAAAACAGGUUAAAACUUGCUGUGGAAGCAGAAACAGAGGAAAACAUGAGUGAUGUGGUGGACAACUGUGUUUUGAGUGAAGAUGAUAACAUGGAAGAAAUACCAAAAGGAAAACUCAGGAGGGAAAAUGAUGUUUCAGAUUUACUUCCAUCUGAUAAGUGGGAACUGAAAGAAGUGACAGCUUUACUGACGGCUCAGCAGACUGCUCUGGAAAUCAUUGUUAAUAUGUGCUGCAGUGAAGAUCCCUCUGAUGACGAGUGGGAAGAACUCUCCAGCAGUGACGAAAGUGACUUGUUCAUGGAAAACUCAUACAAUGAGGGAGGGGGGCUGCUGAUGACACCCCUGUGCCUCUCUGAUGAGGUUCGCUCAGUGUUUCUGAACAACCUCAUUCCAAAGAAGAUUCUUGAAAAAACUGCUUUUCCGAACAGUGUUGCUCUAGACAUCUGUAUGCACAAUCCGUCUUGGAAACCAUUAAUUAAAAAACUGAAUACAGUGCAGUGUAGAGCUUUAACAUGUCUUCAUAGCAUUUUGUUAGUGUCAGAUGUGGAUUGUCUUGGAGGAGCUUCAGCACUUCAGUCCCUUGCACAGCAUCUCUCACAGUUGAUCUUUUCUAAAACAGAACUCCCUGCAGACACUGAAUUCCUGGAAGCCGUAACCAGUGCUUUGAGGGCUCUCCUACAAACAAUGGCAUCAAAGAACAUCUCCCAGUGUAUGACUCCUGAGCAGCUGUUGGCUUUAUGUGAAGCUGGUAUUCACAGCAGCAAUGCCAGUGUUAGAGUGAACGUAGUGAGCAUCCUUGGAAUUUCUGGCAGCGUCUUGGCAAAAGAACAAGAUACAGCUGAAACACUAAAGAUGAUUGGAAAAUUUCUUCUUGAAGUUGCUAUGAAGGAAUCUUCUCUUGUGGUAGCAGGGGAAGCCUUGGAUGCACUUUUUGAUGUAUUUGCAGAUGGUAAAGAAGCAGAAAAGGCGGCGGUGCAGAUCAAGUUGCUUCCAACAUUGAAGGAAUUUCAGCCAGUGUUCAGAACAAGGAUGCGAAAAGAAGGCAAAGGACAAUGUAGUACAGAUCAACUGUGUGUUCUUGACAAUGUGAGGAUGAAUUUGAGAAGAUUCAUUGCAUAUCAGGAGACACUAGGGAAAACUCCAACUUGAAACAUCGAGGAACUUUUAAGGUUUCCCUUAUUGAGUAAUGUUUUCAAAAAUAUAACCAUUUUGAAGUACUAAAAUUUACUGAGCAGAGCAGUUUUUCUUUGAUGUUAAUACUACAUUUUGUAAUGUUCAGUAUUUUUAUACACUUGGGUUGAUGCAAUAUGAAAGUCACACCAGCACAAAAAACCCCGUAGCGUACUCUGAGAUUGUUGCAGUGAUAAGAAGGUGCUCCUGCAGCCCUGAUGUUUGUACACAGCUCCACUGUCGUUCUUUAGAAAUCUUCAUGUACCCUGGCAGAAAACUAUAAUUGCGUGAAAAGGUAAUUUGGAGAAUAUUCUCGGUUAUGUGCCAGAUAAGGAAAAAAAAUUUAAAAGCUCAAGAUAUAUUUAAGGGAAUCGAGCAGUGGCAGAAUGUUCUUAUUUGCUGUUUGCUCUUACCUGUUCCUAGAAUUGCACAGGCACUUAUGGCAAGCUUCCCAAGAGAAGUUUGUGACAAGUGUGUAGAUUCCUGUCAGCACUUGGUUCUGUUAUUUCAUGAGGAGAAAACUGUUUCAGAUUCAUUUAUGAUAGCUUUUUGCUGUGGAAAUCUGUGUAAGCAGAUCCUACACUUAGACACAGCUCCCUGUUUUUACUUUAUUUCGGUUGGUAUUUCUGAAAAUCAAGUCUCUUAAUUUCCUUUCUUCCUUGUAAUUCUACAUCAGGAUGAAUGUGAAUUCAAGGAAGUAAUAAGCCAAAUAAAAAGUAUUUUUUAUAUUGAGGUAUUACCUAAAGUAAAUUUAUAAUUGCUUAAAAUACCUUUUAGAAAUAUUUGCGAUGGAGAUUUUUAAGCUGUUAUUUUCAAAAAAUGUCACCAAUUCAUGAAGAUUGUAUGUAAACUUCCAUAUAUCAAGAACUUUGGUUUUAUUUCUCUGAAUGAGAUUCUAUCAUACAUAUUUUUCAAGAAAAAAAACCAAAACACAACCAAACACGAAAGUAUUUUGUUGUGCUGGGUUUUGAAAUAGGAGGGUUUUUUCCCCUCUCUCUUAAUGCACUGUCUUAGUGCAGGCAUCUAGUUUUUGGCAAAAGUUUGCCCAUGGUGUUAAGCAUGGAACUUAUAAAGACCAAAUUUGCUCAGUUUGUUGGAUUUCAGUCUCUAAGAUUGGAAAGCAGGCUUGGGAACUGACUGGAUAACUUGCAAAUG